UUUGUUUUGUAUUUAUGUGUUUGUUUUCCGUGGAAGUAGGUGGGGAGGAGAGUAUGUAUGUAUGUAAGAUAUGCAAUGGGAUGGAUGAGGGGGUUGGUUGCCUGUUCCUGAUGCUGAUCAGGAUGCAAUCGAUGAUGAGAUCGAUACAUGUCAUGUAUGCAUGUAUGUAUGGUGUGAGUGCGGGAACGGCAAAGCAGGCAAAGCAGAGAGUCCUUGAAAUACAAACACUCGCGUCGGACCUUUUUGUGCUGGUACUUCUUUCUUUUACUUCCUACUCUCUUCCUCUUCUAUUCGUAUCUUUCACCCCCCUCCCUCGUAUCCCUCCCCUCCCCUACUUCUCUCCCCUCCUCUUUGACAAACAGAUUCCCACACCCACGUUUCAUCAUGGAGUCUGUCCCAGAAACCAAACGCGAUCCCACAGGCGGCGAGCCGCCCCAGGGCGCCGAAGACGAAAAACAAGACCGCAUCGUGACCUCGGACAACAAAGUCGAGCUCCAAGACACAGACGCCUGGCAUAUACUGGGCUACUCGUUCCCGACGUGGCGGAAAUGGCAGAUUCUCAUGGUUGUGUUUUUGAUCCAGAUUAGUAUCAAUAUGAAUGCGUCCAUGUACUCGCACGGCGUGAGUCGGAUCAGCGAAGACCACGGCGUUAGCGAGCAAGUCGCGCGGAUCCCUCAGAUGCUGUUCCUGGUUGCGUAUGGGUUUGGCUGCGAGCUGUGGGCGCCCUGGAGCGAAGAGUACGGACGGUGGCCUAUUCAACAGCUCAGUCUUUUCCUCGUCAACAUCUGGCAGAUCCCCUGCGGUCUGAGCAAGAACUACGCCACAUAUGCCGUGUUCCGCACACUUGGUGGCCUUUCGACAGCGGGCGGGUCCGUCACGCUGGGUGUGCUUGCCGAUAUGUGGGAGCCUGAUGAGCAGGAGUACGCUGUUGCUUUUCUGGUCUUGUCGUCGGUUGGUGGGUCGGUUGUCGGUGCCAUCGUAGGCGGGUUCGUGGAAGAAUAUCUCCCGCUCCCCUGGAUCUUCUGGGUCCAGCUUAUCGUCGGUGGAGCCGUCCAACUCGUGCAUCUCGUCUGCAACCCAGAAACCCGCGCCACCAUCCUCCUCGACCGCGAAGCAAAACGCAUGCGGAAAACGGGCGAGGCUCCCAAUGUCUACGGACCCAACGAGAUCCGCAGCGAGAAACGCGUUACGUUCAAGAGCUUUUGGAGCAUUGUUGGAAGACCGUUCUACAUGUUCUUCACCGAACCAAUUGUCCUGUGGCUCUCCCUGCUCAGCGGUUUCAGCGACGCUCUUAUUUUCAGUUUCCUCGAGUCUUUUAAACCAGUCUACGAGCAAUGGGGGUUCGGCACCGUCGGUAUCAGUCUGGCUUUCCUCCCGCUGCUGAUCGGUUAUGUAUUGUCAUAUCUAUCCUACCUCCCCUCGAUCCACCACUUCCGCGGUAAACGCAGAAAAGGCACCCCCCUGGACCCAGAAGUCCGUCUCUGGUGGCUCCUCUUCCUCGCGCCGCUCGAAACCAUCGGGCUAUUCGGGUUCGCAUGGACGUCGUUGGGGCCCGACUACGGUAUCCCUUGGAUCGCGCCUAUGAUUUUCUCCUCACUGAUAGGAAUCGCAAACUACGCAAUCUAUCAAUCCUCAAUCGACUACCAAACCGCCGCCUACGGACCUUACGCGGCCUCGGCGACCGGCGGCAACGAUCUCGCCCGCGACUUCCUAGCCGGCAUCGCAGCGUUGUACUCUGCGCCCAUGUACGAGAACAUCCCUGGAAGACCGCUGGAAUAUGCGUCCACGAUCCUGGCGUGUCUGGCUCUGCUCGUUACCAUUCCCAUUUAUAUCGUGUAUAAGAAGGGGCCUGAGAUUCGCGCCAAGAGCUCGUUUGCGCAGAGUCUGGAUAAGAGUCGCGAAGAGGGUAAGGAGAAGAGGAGGAAGGCUAGUAUGGUGGAGAUGGAGGGGCGGGUAUGA